AACAUUUUGUUCAAUGUUACGUUAUCAAUUAUUGUCGUCAUUAUUACGACGUAGAUAUCUGGUUAGAAUCUUUCUGAUAGAUUCGAUAAAAUUAAUAAGACAUAGAAGAAGAAAGAAACAUUGAUAGAAGAAAAAACAUUGAUCACGUUUGAUAAGGUAAAAAAAAAAAAAAGUACCAAAGUGUUCGUAAUUUUAAUUGUAAAAUAUGUCGACGGAUGAUACGAAUUGUCCAAAACCCACUACAUAUAUUCAACAAGAUAUAUCAUUUGAUGAUAUGGUGACAAGUUAUAUCUGUAACAUACGUAACAGCGUGCCAAAUAGGUAUGCGAUGGGAGAAUACGAAGGCAUUAUUUCGUAUAAUUUGUGAAUUGGAAGUUAUUAAUCCACCAGUGUUUCGAAAAAUAGUAAUUAAACGGAACUCCUUGGUGUUAAAAGAUACUUUCAUAAAUAGUGAAGAAAUGCCAGAAUAUUUUAAAUGGUCUGUAUGUUACCUACCCAAUGAUUUAAAGGAAGAUGAUGCCUUUGAAGUUCAUUUUACCAUUGAACAUAAUGUUCCUGUAGUCAGAAGGAAUACGAUGAAUAGUUCUGUCGAUAUAACUCCAACAAAAUUAGAGCUUUACGAACGUUUAAAAAUGAUGUACCAUGCAAAGCCAUGUACAGACAUUAAAAUAAGUGUCGGUGAUAAGGAAUUUUUAGCACAUAAGUCGAUACUCUUUAGGAGUCCUGUAUUUGCGGCUAUGUUCUCUCACAAAAUGUUAGAAAAUAAUGAAAAUCGUAUUGACAUCAAGGAUGUGAAUCCUAAUGCCUUUGAAAUUUUAUUGAAAUUUCUUUAUCUCGGAGAAGUCGAUGAAAUCAAGAUGACUGAAUCUACGAACAAUUUGAUUUUUGAUUUAAUGGAAGUGGCAAAUAUUUAUCAGAUAGAAGAUUUGAAAAUCAAAUUGGCCGACAUAAUAGAAAAAUAUGUAAACAUUUCCAAUGCUGUAGAUUAUCUCAUUUUAGCCGACAAAUAUAAUGUACCGAGUUUAAAGAAAACAAUCAUGUUAUUUAUAAAAACGAAUAGUAAGAACAUUAAAGAAACUAAAUCAUUUAAAGAUAUGAUGCAAAAGCAUCAGGGAUUAAUGGCAGAAAUGCUUUGUUAUUUCAUAAAUUAAUAGCCAUGCAUAAUUCAAUAUGUCAUUUUAUUUCUUUAAAAUUUAAUUCGACUCUUAUGUAUAUAUUCGUAUAUAAUGUAAA